GAAACGCCUAACGGUUGUGAAUAGAGAAGCAUCAAGAAAAGAGACUGUUUCCGUUUUAUUCAUUACAAUCAGUUUAAUCAUUAACCAGCGCCGAAAAAGUGCUGAAUUAGGUUAUCGGUGAUAUGAGUGAAUGCGUAAUUAAAUUUUAAAUAAGAUGGAUCUUUUAAGCUUAAUUGUGGAUAUACUGGGCGACGGCGAUUACUCUGAGGAUUUGUAAACUUGAAAUACGGAAAUACCAUGAGAGGUUGGUGUCGUUGACUUCAUGUGUAGCUGUCCAAUGAUGGCUGCCUCCGUGUUUGUACACAUGUGUUGACGAAUUAUCUCAGUUAGUGUUGUAUUUGCCGAUAACUGACAUUGUUGUGGUCUCUAAACUGUUUCCACGAGAUACUUGUGAUUUUCUGACACGGAGAUAAACAUUAGUUGAUCUGUAACAUCACCUGUUAAAUUGAAUUUUGAAGAGUGGGACGCGUCUCAAUUAGUUUGCUAGCGACCGUAAACAUGAAACCAAAAGCAAGACAAGGUAAAAAGAAAGGAGGUAAGUUUAAUUCUGACGAUAAACUAACGCGGUACAUGACAUCAGUUAAAGAUUAUGUUGAGAGUAAAGGGGGUGCCACGGAGACAGGGCAUGGUCAAAGAUUUAACUUUGUCAUGAAGAAAAGUCGAAAAGAGGUACGUAAGGAGAAACGCAAAAUGAAGAAGGCUAAAAUGAGGGACAGUCAUAUGAGAAAUUCGCUGUCUACGGAUGCCAAUAAGGUGCAGCUAGGUAAAAGUAAUACACUGUCAUUGGAAAAGAAGCAAGACAAGGGUAUGAAGGGUGAAAGCAAAAAAGCCACUGAACGCACCAAGCUCUCUCGAAAUGUUGGGCAAAACAAGGCAAAUAAUGAAACUGAAGAAGUACACGUCGACUCGAAGGACAUAAUGGCCAAGGAGAGAAAAAUGUAUGAGUUCCAGUUAAACGAAAGUAAUAAACAGGCUCUAAUUGAUGCCAACGUCGACGAAGACAAAGAAAUCAAGAGACUUGAGAAGCUUCUUGGGUUCAACAAGCGAAGGAAUAAAAAGACUCUCCCUCAGUCUUUUUCUGUAGACGGGCUUGAUUACAUUUUAGGGGCUUUGGACUCAGGUGCUGCAGGAAUGGACGAUAGUGAUGAUGAAGCUGGUGUCGCCAAAGCAAAAGAUAACUUGGAGAACCUGGAGGACAGUGAAUCAGAAUUGUCAGGUGAUAAGGAUGAUGAAGAUGAGAGUUUAGAUGAUGACAUUCAGGAAGAGGAAGAUGAUCAUGAUGACAUUCAGGAAGAUGAUGAUGGCGAGGAGGAGGAGGAUGAUGAUGAAGAAGAGGGAGAAGUGGAAAGGAUGGAAACCAUUGAAGAGGAAGAUGAGGAGGAGGAGGAGGAAAAUGAAGAAGAGAUGGAGGAGGAGGAUGAUCCAGAUGAGUCUCAGGAGAAGAGUGAUGGAGGCAUAGAAGAACACCUCACUCCAGAAGAACAGAGCACAUCUGACGAAAGUAAUAAACCAACCACUUUGUCAUCAGCAAAGUACAUCCCUCCUCAUCUACGAUGUGCUAUGGACAGCAAGCGCAAAGUUGAGCUGGAGAAACUGAAGAAGAAUGUCAAAGGACUAGUGAACAGACUGAGUGAGGCCAACCUGGCGUCCAUCAGUGGACAACUGGAGGAGCUCUACAUGAGCUGCAGCAGGAAGGACAUGAAUGACACCCUGACUGAUAUACUGCUGGCCGCCUGCGUCACCCCUGCCCUCAUGCCCGACAGGCUUCUCAUGGAACACGUUCUACUGGUCAGCGUUCUGCAUUACACUGUGGGCCUGGAGGUAGGGGCACAGUUUCUGGAGACGGUGGUCCGCAAGUUCGAUGAGCUCUACAAGCUGCCCAGAGAGGGCAAGGAGUGCGACAACCUGGUGGCAAUGGUGGCCCACCUCUACCACUUCCAGGUGGUGCAUCCCCUCCUCAUCUUCGACAUCCUCAAGAAGCUGGUUGGUGCCUUCUCAGAGAAGGACAUCGAGCUGGUGCUCUUUGUUUUGAAGACGGUGGGCUUUGCUCUCAGGAAAGACGACCCUUUGGCCCUGAAGGAGCUCAUCUCGGAAGCCCAGCACAAGGCCAGUGACGCCGGGACCAAGUUUAAAGAUCAGACACGGGUGCGUUUCAUGCUGGAGACCAUGAUGGCCCUGAAAAACAAUGACAUGAGGAAGAUUCCUGGCUAUGACCCAGAGCCAGUGGAGAAACUGAGGAAACUGCAAAAGACGCUGAUCCAUCGCACUGCAUCAGGCAGUGAUUUGAAGCUGAGGGUCUCCCUCGAGAAUCUUCUGGAAGCUGAUCAGGUGGGCCGCUGGUGGAUUGUGGGUUCAUCGUGGAGCGGGGCGCCCAUGAUUGGAGGCCAAAGCAGCAAGACAUCACAGCAAACCACCUCUGGACAGUUUAGCAGUAAGGUCCUGGAGUUGGCACGGAAGCAGAGAAUGAACACCGACAUCAGGAGAAAUAUCUUCUGUGUCAUCAUGACCAGUGAGGACUACCUGGAUGCAUUUGAGAAGCUUCUGAGGCUCGGAUUGAAGGAUCAGCAGGAGAGGGAGAUAGUGCACGUCCUCAUGGACUGCUGUCUGCAAGAGAAGGCUUUUAAUGCCUUUUACGCCGUUCUGGGAGAGAAGUUGUGUUCUCACGACCGCCGGUUUCAGAUGACCUUUCAGUUCAGCCUGUGGGACAAGUUCAAGGAGCUGGGCAACAUUUCCAGCAGCACCUUUAGUAACCUGGUCCUGUUGGUCGCCCAUCUCUUGCAGAAGAAGAGUCUCUCCAUCUCUAUACUCAAGGCCAUUGAGUUUGGGGAACUGGACAAGCCAAAAGUGAAGUUCUUGCGUCAGGUUCUCACUAAGCUCCUGAAGGAGACCGAACCUGAGGAUCUGGUGAACAUAUUUGGGAGGAUCUCGGGAAUGCCCAAGCUUGGAAUGCUACGGGAAGGCUUGAAGCUUUUCAUCAGUCACUUCUUACUGAAGAAUGCCCAGUCACUGGGAAAUGCUGAACAAGCCACACUCCUAACUGAGCGAGCAGAGGUCGCCACCAAGGCCAUGGAGGCCAGAGAGGCCAAACUCAAACUGUAAAACAUGUCACACCCAACCACAGACAGAGACACUAAAGAAAGAACCCCUGUUUAUUGUGCUCUCUUUCAUACAUGGAGGACACACUAACAAAGACAACUCUUUAUCUAAAGGACCUGUUUAGAUACUCUACACAACCUCUCUUUUGCGUCUAUAUGGACUGUGGGUGAAAUAGGCUAAAUAAAUAAAGGAGCUUUGAUUUGGUUUUACCGUUCAAUUUACGGUAAAGACCAUAUCUUGUGAAAUAGUGCCCUGCAUUUCAACUGUUACUGUUGAAGACAUACUAAGGGGUCAGCAUUGCUCGAUUUGCAUUGUAGUAUAUUACUUUUGUUUUAUAAGGAAUUGCAUCAAUUUUUUUUUGUCCAAAUAUUGCCUCCUGUCAGAUAUUGUAUGGCCUCCUAGAAGUCUGUUUUGUACUUCUAUAAUUAAUAUUAAAUACAGAAUCUGAUUCAUAUUUUAA